AACCUGCGGGUAGGUGGGAGAGAAACCAAUUGUGAUUUUGGUGCAAGUUUAAACCCAGACUAUCACUGUAGAUCCUAUCAAGUCAGUACAACCCAAUACAGCAAUUUAUAUGACUGCCACUAAAAUAUAUUUGUCCAAUUAACAUUCGUUGAGUUAUCAAGACUUUCUGUAUUAACGAGUGAUAAGUUCUCAGGCCAUUAUAUGCUACAAUUAUUUGCAAUACAGUGGGCGAGUUUGGUUUCAAGUUUCGUAUUAAUUCAACAAAUUCAAUCAUUGGUAAAACCAUUGAUAAUUGUUUUCGGUUAGUUGCUUUUGCAAAAACCUCUCCCGAUUGUGAUUCAAAUUCUAAACUAAUUUUGCUGAACUCACAAAAAUGAACUUCAAGUGUUUUUCAACUUAUACAAGUUGAACCCAUGUUUUGAAUCCCGGAUAUAAACUAGUUUUACUUUCUCCCUUCGAGAUAUACUCAAUUGUUCAAGGUGAUUAAAUUUCUUUGACAAAUUAUGAACCAGGCGGCGCAAUACGUUACGAAACCUUAGCAAUCGAAGAUUUUGAAAUUUUAGUAUCCUGGCCAAGUGUCCGUCAGGCCAAACUGCCAAUUCUAUAACUUGGUUGAGAAAGAAUAUUAUCAAUGUGAGUGCUUCAUCAGGUAAUGGGCAUAGACAGCUAUGCUCUAGGGGUUCGAAGCUUUCCAUUAUUUGAUAAUAUGAUGGUUACUUUUAGUGAUGGUUAUACCAAAGGAUAUCUUAUGGCUGGAAAAACUGGCACCAUACAACCAUUAGUAUCUUGUAGUAAAUCGAUUGAGUCUUGAGUGAUCGCUUGUGCUAGAAUUGUAUUAGUUUGCUAAAAACUAGUGGCU